AUGGAGGCAUUGUACAGUACCCCAAGCCAGCGAGCUGACCAGCUAGUCAUGCAGCGCCUUCGAUACUUUCGGGGGUAUGCAAAGAUCGAACUUCGUCAUCUUGCAUUUGAGGACAUGAGCGUGAUGGGUUCCCGUGAGGUGGAUAUGAAGAAUGUUGAGCGGCUUGUUGAAAUCUUCAAAAUAGAAGGAUGUGGACAUCUUGAACCAGAGCAUAGGGUGGCAGUAAUCAUUGAUGCACAAACUCUAGCUCAAGCUAUGUCAUAUUCUAUGGCUACCGAUGAAAUGCUUCUCAAAGAACUUGACCCCCCAAGUCUAAGAUUUAACCGGGACGUCCAGCUACUAUGUCCAUAUGGAAAACAUCGCCUCUUAGCUGCAAAAGCUUAUGGGGAAAAGUGCUGGUUAGUAGAACUAUAUCUCAAAGGAAUACCGGCUGAAGUAUUAACACAGAUGCGGGAGGAGUCAACUAAUUCACGAAAUUUUAAGGACGGUGAUAUCUACAGGAUUCUGCGACAGUAUCAGCUUAUUGAUAAUCCAUCCCAAGCAAGAAAAUGGUGGGCAAGAUUCGACUCCAACGGCCGCCGGAAAGACAUUAAUAGAUUGCUUAAAAAUCGGAUUGUGUGUGCUGGGUUUGAUUUACUCCUUCCUUUUAUCGGGCUCUGGGACCCUUUCCGAACAUCCCAGCUUGAAAGAAUCUUAGGCCUUCGAUGUCCUGAGGCAAUUGGCUGUUACCUGUCCCAAGUACACUAUAUAUGGUCAGGUCUUUUUACCAAUGACACAGCUUCUCGCGUCGAUGGGCAGUCAGUGCGGCAGAUUGAAGGCUUAAUGCCAACUAUCUCACUCCAAGACCAAAAGACCAUCAGAAAACUUGUAGAUUCGGGUGAUUUGUUCCCACUCAUAACAGACCAAGAAGAACGAAAGACUCUAUGCAAUCGCCUUCUUUGUGUUUCUGGAAGAAUACUUUCACUUCAAACACUUGUUGAUGACACAUGUUAUUUGGACUAUCCUGCAAGGAUCCUUCGGACGCUGCUGCCCACAGGCUUCAAAGGAAGCAUCCAAACGGCAUUCACAUCAUGUUAUAGAAUUCCGGACCAGAAUCAGAUUGAGAUCCAAAUCUCAGAACAUGACUUCAAAUCAGUGGUUGCUACAGAGCAUGCACCAACUUUGGGGUUGAUGCAGCUCUGGCUUUUUGUGUUGCGGCAUUUUGUUCAUCCAGCUACUGACACAAACUUUGAUCAGUCAGGACCUCAUCAAAUAGUUGAGACCCGAAGUAAAAGUCGAAUGGCCUUGUUAGCAUCUAGACUUGGAUUCACUACUGAUCAAAUUGUGGAGCUCGCAAGUAAAGAUACUGAUGCUGCCACAUCUACACAGAUACUGGAGCUUAUCUGCCGAGAGGAAUUUUAUAUACCUAGCGAAACGGAUAUACAAGAAAUGACUUUCCAAAUCAAGGACCUGCUCAGAAUCCUUGGAAGGCAAAAGAUACGACCAAGUAGGGCACCAUUGCUUACAACGGAUGAUCCUGGUGAAGCUGGAAGGCGGAGACAAAAUCGACCGUUGGCUGGAGAGCACUACAGAGACCGGCAUUGGCUUUUUUUUGAACAUGUCUUUAGCCUACAACAAUCGACUGCCCAGUAUCCGACAUCAUUUGCAGUCACCCAGGACAUAAUCUUCUGUUUCUUUGGGAGAGAUAUGGUCUCAAAUCUUAUAAACGAACAGGGCACAGACUUAGCCGAGGUACCUACAACAGUGCUAUUCUCAUCUGACAUGCAGUAUUUGCCAGAUUCCAGUACUUCACCUGUUGAGCUUCUGCCACAUCCACCAGGGACUCCAGACCAUGAUCUUAUGCUAGGAGCUGAGCAGCAGUCCCCCCUAGCUGCAGGCUUUGAGACUGUAUCAGCCCCUUUAGACAGGUUGCAUUAUAUCUCUCUGCACCGGAGUGUGAGAUCUAUUCUUCAAUUAUGGUAUCAGUCAGCAAACACGAGUCUGAUUGUUCUUUUCCUGUUCGAAACACGAGCAUAUUACAAGUUCCGACUGUCAGAUAGUUAUGCUUUACGUGGAACCCUGACUGAUCUUUCCAGGGAGCACUAUUUCCUCGUUAUUGGGGAUAGUGGCGAGUUGCAGAGUGCGGCAAAUAUCACUAACGAGGCCUUAAAAUCACAACUUGUUUUUGUUGGUAAGAAGAAUGGCCCAGCUCAUCAUGAGUUGUUCAAUGAAGAAGAUGCUCAAAUCUCUGUCGAUAACCUUCGAAGAUAUGCGUCUGCUUUCAAUGUCAGGACAGGGAAGAGAAAACGCCAAUCAAAUAGAUCCAUUCGGUCCAAUAGUUCUAUAUCAACUGUACUCUAA